UGUUCGUGCGUUCACGGACAAGUAGCGAGCCAAGGACACGGUUCUCACUCUGUUCCACCUCUUCUGACACCAUGCGCUGUGUUAUCAUUGGCUGCGGCCGGUGACAAGAGACGACGGCGAGCAUAUCGAAACAGAGUGAGACGAAUUGAUUUCACAGCAUCGGCGUGGCUAAUUAUUCUCGGGUUUUCGUUAUCUUUGUAAGUGUUUAUAAGACUGUAAUAGUCAGCACUUUGAUUAGGAGGCUACGCCGAUGCUGUAAAGUCGUCAUUCUGUUUCAUUCUGUCUCGGUAUGUUCGCGGUCGUCCUUUGUCAUUGGCCGUAGCCAAUAACGACGUAGCGCAUGGUAGCAGGAGGAGGGGGACAGAGUGAGAAAGAAAAUUAGUUUACCUCGGCCAACUUGUCGUGAACGGACGAUAAUCAUGGAUACAGAGUGCCACAAAGAUGUGCAGUGAUGAGUCAAUUUACGAAUUAGUUACUGCGCGUUUACACUACAACUUUGUAUUUUAAACACUCAAGGUGUAUUCACAUUGUAAAUAUUGAAAAAACAAUUUGUUCGAUGUAAAUGUGUCUUAAAGUACCCUAACCAAGGUUUACAAAUGUCAAAAUAGUUUUGCACGCUUUUCGUUUGAACGUGUCUGAUUAAUUGGAAUUCAUUAUUCCUUGAGUUUUAUAAGUAACAGUUUUAUAGGUUAACGUAAAUUAAGGAAAAACAGCUUUAAAAAUGGAAGAUCUGCAAAAAUUGGAAGAGGAAGCCAAAGCAAGGGGAACAAAAUAUGUGUCGAAUUUGUUGCAACGUCCAGGUCAAUUGGAAAAAAUUGAUAUGUACAAACGUAGAAUAAGCCGGAAAAAAGCUUCCGUGGAAACUAUGCUCAAAACUGCAAUGCAAAGUCAAUUAGAUGGAGUUCGGGUAGGUUUCGAACAACUCCAAAGUUCCUUAGAGAGUAUUGCCUCUGUAAAACAGGAUUUGAAUGAUAUUGGCCAGUUAUUCAGUCAAGUUCCAGAACUCAAUGCAAAGUUGCAAGCUGUUCAAGAUGAGAAUAUGCGUCAUUCACAAUACGUUACUGCCAAAGAAAAUUUAAAGCAUACUUUUACUGUUCCCGACAGUGUGGAGAAGACUAAGCAGUGGAUAAACGAAGGCAAACUUUUACAUGCCCAUCAAAGCAUUAUGGAUCUUGAAAACUCGAGAGACGAUUUGCUAUACGAACUUCAUAAGCUUCCAAAUCAAUCACCAGCAGACACAGUCAUGUUAAAGGCUUACUUAGAAGACAUUGAAAUGCUUUCUCAGUUAAUGGAAAAGCAAAUCAGAUUGGUCUUAAGCCGUACAUUAAACACAGUUAGGAAAGAGCCUACAGUUAUUGUAACAGCUUUAAGAAUUAUAGAAAGGGAAGAAAAAGCAGAUCAUUUUGCGAUUCAGAGGCAUAAACAAAGUGGAUUUAUGCCACCAGGAAGACCUAAAAGAUGGAAAGACAUGGCAAUGAAAGUUCUUGAAAAAUCUGUGGCUAAUAGAAUUGAAGGGACUCAUGUUGAAGAAAGGGCAGAUAAUAAAAUGUGGUUGGUUAGGUACUUGGAACUUACAAGGCUUCUAAUUUUAGAAGAUUUGAGAGUUGGUAAAACAUUAUGUGUACCCUGUUUUCCACCUUGGUAUAAUAUUGUAAGUACUUUGGUUAAAAUGUAUCAUACAAGCUUGUCUCAGCAUUUGAAAGACAUAAUUGCAAAUGGUUUAGAAGGAAAUGAAUAUGUUUCCUUGCUAUCCUGGAUUAUGAAUACUUAUACUGGACCAGAGCUGAUGCAACAUCCUGAAUUAAAUAUUGAUACAAGCGAUAUCGGCCCCCUGUUGAGUCCUGAAAUUAUAAAUGACCUGCAAGAAAAAUAUUUGAAAAACAUGUGUCAAAAUUACGAAGAUUGGAUGAGAAAGACUUUAGAAACUGAAAAAGUUGACUGGUGGUGUGGAGUGUUGCCAGAAGGAAGCACUCAAGAGGCACAUUAUCACACAGCAGCACCUGUAAUUAUAUUUCAAAUGAUCGAUCAAAAUCUUCAAGUUACAAAAACCAUUAGUGCAGAUUUAACAGCACAAGCAUUAGUUCUGUGCAUCGAACAAGUUAUUAAAUAUGGAUUUAUGUACAGACAAGCAAUGUUGGAAUUUAAAAAUAAACAUUUUGAGGACAGAAGUCAAGUACCAUACUUUACUCAUCACAUGAUUACAGUUGUUAACAAUUGCUUACAAUUUACGGAAUUAGCACAGCAAAUGAAACAGAUUUAUUGGGUUCCUAAUACCGGUGAAGAUGCCACCAUUAAAUUUGAAAAUCUGUUAUUGAAUUAUCAAGAGUUACGAAAUGAAGCAGCAACUAUACUAUUAGAAGAAUCUUUCUUGGAUCUAGAGUUACUAUUUCAAGAGUUGAUUACACCCAAGUGGUUGUCAUCUCCUAUUCCAGUAGAGACUAUUUGUGUAACCUUGGAAGAUUAUUUUCAAGAUUACAACCAUUUAUGCCCAAAAAAUUUUGAGUAUGUCAUUAUGGAAGCACAGAAUCUAAUUGCAAAACGUUACAUUUCUGCUAUGAUGCAAAGAAAAAUCUCUUUGAAAACAUACGACGAAUGUUUAACAUGUACUUCAAAAAUAAUGACAGAAGCAGAUAAAUUGAAGAACUUCUUUGAUAGAAUAGCUCCAAAAGUAGGGAACUUUAAUUCACCAUUUGAAAUAAUUAAACGUCUUGCCGAGGUAUUACGUUGUGAAGACUCUGAAAUUCUCUCACUUGAUCUACAUUCUUUGGUUGAAAAAUAUCCUCAUAUGACUGAAGAUCAUUUAGUCAGAUUACUAGGUCUCAGAGGUGAUAUUUCUCGUAGUGAAGCAAGAGAAAAAGUUUCAUACAUUUUUGAAGCUCAACGUAAUCGUAAAGCCCCGCAAUCUAUCGCGGAUAGUAUAUUUAAGCAGAUAGUUAUACAGGAUAGUUUUCUUAGUUGGAAACCUUAAAAUUCAAACACAAAUUACAAAAAGAACAAAUUACAAAUUAGUUUUUUACAUAUCAUCAAUGAAGGUGAUGUAGGAAUGAUAAAAUGUACUUAAGUGAUAAAAUAACUAGUAUACUAUACAAAUAAAUACUUAGAAGUAGAAUUGAUAGAUAACACAUAUUGCAAUCAUAUUGUAAAUAAGUAUUUCUAAACUUUUUUUUUUAUUUAAACAAAAUUAAAAUUAUUUAUUUAACCGUUUACCAUUCAAAAGGGUGAUUGCAUAUUCAAUACCAAAUAUUCUUUUAUUAUAUAUUGAUUACACAAAAUAUGAGAAUAUGAAAACGAAUAUGUACGUAUGUAUGAAUAUAAAAAUAUGUGUGUAUACAGAUGUGUAUAUAUAUAUAUUAUAUUUCACAUUGCACAUGCCAUGAUUUUUUAACAUUCUUACUCCUUUGCAGCUUGAAUUUGACAUUAUAAAUAAUACAGUAAUUAAUUCACUGCUUUAGCAACUGAACUGAUCUAGAUAUUUGUUGUAGAUAAUUGUAUUUAUGUAUAGUCAUAGAGGUACAUGAUCAUCAAUAGAAAAAACAUAACAAUAAAAAAAAAGUAAAAUACCAUAACACACUAUGCUUAAACAUUUAUUUACUUUAGAGGUGAUUAAAAUAUUAUAUGAAACAUACAGAAGCUGUAUGUGAUAAUGUAAAAAUACGAACGACUUAGAAAAGAGGUAAAUAAUUCAAUACAAACAAUCAGAAUAAUAUUACUCAUUCAGUGUGAAAUAAUGAUAUUGAUCCUAUGAAUUGUAUAUUAUUUAAAAUUUGUCAUUUAGCUCAUUUGUAGGAAAUUGAGUAAAUUAAUUAAGCUUUUAAAUACAUUGUACAUCCUGCAAAUACGUUAAUAUCAUUUUCGUGUGACAAGUAAUACUUGUAUUUUAAAACAAAAUUAAUAAAAAAAUGUUAUUUUUUUAAUUAUACAAUAUUACGAUUAUAAAUACGUUUUUAACACUUAAUAUUAUUGUUACGAAGUAAUGUGUACAAAACAAAUGCAAUUAAACAUAAUUUAUGAGUAAUAGAUUUAUGUACAGUGAGUCCUCAUGUACACGGUUGAGCCCCUACUUACACUGUUACACAUAUUUUAUAUGUGUGUAUAUGUAUAUUCACAAAUGAAAUAAUAUUUUCUUUUCUUCAAUUCUAUUCUUCAAAGCUGUUAAAAACAGCCGUGGAAAAAAAGGAACAUGUAAAUCGGAAGAUAAAUGUAUUAUACGAAUUAUAUAUAAUAGAAAUAGUACAGUUGUAUUUUAUUAGUAAAAAUGUAUUUUAUUCGUUA